AUGACCAUAGUUUUAAAUGAUCCCACUUCGUGGCCGACCAUCAAUGCAAAUCGUUUUUACAGCUAUUUUGUCGUUGCUACAUUUGUUGGAUUGACAUAUGAUUGGGCACUUACAUUCGGGCAAGAGGUCGAAUUGGUUUGGGUGCGCUACCUUGGAAUCUUCUCUGCUGUCGUGAACAUGCUUUAUAAUGUUCCGACCAUCUCGCAGACAGAUACAAUGCUGGGCCUUGUACGUCGUAUGGGAUUGGACGGGUUUUGUGGUGUAUGCAAUGCUAUGGGAAAGAUCCUGUCGUUUCUUAUUGUCAUUUUCCUCGCUGUCAACAUUUUCAGCGGAAUAGUCGGCGUAAUGGCAACGAUACAUAAUUCAGGGGGAGGAAAUCUAGUUUUGAAUUCCGUUUCUUGGAUAAUCUCCAUUAUGUUUGAGAUCCUCACACUGUUUCUGGCGGUCUGGAUUGCGGUAAAACACUUCCGUGAACUGCGACAACACUCAACAGGAGGGAUUAUCGGUGAUUGUUUCAUGGUGUUGAUGAAAACUCACAUGCUUUACUUUGCGAGCUUUCUCGCUGUUUCUUGCUUCGAGAUCUUCAUUGAUUUCUCUCCGACACCGUCAACAGAUCCAAAUUCCCUCGAAACUCUUUCUUUUUAUGGCUUGCUUCAGAUUUUGGAGGUCGUGCAGACGUUUGUGCUAGGACCACGUCUGAUCCUUGGCAUUCGAGAAUAUAACGCUAAACUCGUGGCGGAUUCCGACGCAGCAACUGCCAUGACCUCAAUCGCUUUCCAAGAGCGUGUGCAUAUAUCCACUGGCAGUGAUGUGUAA